AUGGCCAGUGUUUUCCUACAUAAUCCUAACACAUUCAAGGCCACCCUCUGCCUCUUCUUCCUAACCACAACCUUUUUGAUUGCCAACUCUGCCAGAAUCUUAGAUGAAGUGGAAACCCAACCCCAACCUAUAGUCAAUCCUUCAGUCACAACAGGUCCAGUCAACACUAUACCACAGAUUGGCCCUGCCACCACUUUGCCAAGUGGCCAAACACCAGCAGCCACCACAGACUCCGGUGUUGAAGAUGCCAAUGCAGACCCACCAGCUCCAGAAACUGAAGCCCCAGUUGAGGACAAGCCCCCAGUGCCAAGUCCUACCACUGAGGAAACUCCACAACUCCCACAACCACCAGUAGUGACACCAGUAGUGACACAAGUCCUACCAGAAGCUGAAGUUCCAACUGUCCCUAAUGUAACACCAGUAGUGACACCAAAUCCUGUGGCAAAAGAGCCAUCAUUUUCUUUCUUCAUGCAUGAUAUUCUUGGAGGGUCACAUCCAUCAGCAAGAGUGGUGGCAGGAAUAGUAGCAAACACUGAUGUCACUGGCUUACCUUUCUCCAAGGUCAACAACAACCUCUUCCCAAUCACUGGAGGAAUCCCACUAGUUAACCCCAAGCUCAAUGGCAUCAUCACCAACAACAACCUCCCAAACCUUGUAGGUCUCAGUGGUGCUCAAUCCUCCACCGUGUUUAAAAACAGUGGAACCAGCAACACUGUUACUGGUAACAACAACCAGCCAUUUGUUUCAGCAGGUAACCUCCCUGCUGGUUUUACACUCCAGAAGCUCAUGUUUGGGUCGGUGACAGUGAUUGAUGACCAGUUAACAGAAGGGCAUGAGCUUGAUUCAACUGUGAUUGGAAGAGCACAAGGGUUCUACAUGGCAAGCUCAUUGGAUGGUAGCAGCCAGACCAUUGUGCUGACAGUUAUGGUGCAUGGUGGUGAGCAUCAAGAUGGGUUGGAGGACACUAUAAGUCUGUUUGGGGUUCAUAGGACAGCGUCACCAGAAUCAGAGAUAGCAGUGAUUGGUGGGACUGGGAAGUAUGAGAAUGCUAGAGGAUAUGCUGCACUUGAGACCCUUCUGAAGGAAGAUCAGCACACCACGGAUGGGGUGGACACCAUCCUGAAUUUCAAUGUCUACCUCACUUAG